AUGGGUGCCAGUCUUCUGAGUUUCAUCGAGAUCCCCUACUGGCUCCUGAUUCGCACAAAUAUCUAAUCCUGGAUCACCCUGACGUCGUCAUGAGCCUCUAUUUGCCGACCAAUUCCCCACUGAUCCCGGAGAAUAAAUCCCUGUAUAAAGACCUAGACUUCUCGAGACUGUCCAAGUCCCCAACGAUGUCUGACAAGAGCUGUCUCGUCAGUCUCCAUGACACGAAACUCAUAACGAAAGCUGCUGUGGGUCCAUCAGCUGAAGUACUAGAUUUUACCCUGACCUCUUACUCCUCGGAGAAAUUGGGAUUCCUCGGGGCUCAUCGUCACCUCAGAAUUCUGAUUAAAGAGGAUAACACGGAGAAGCGUGAGAUCAGCUGUUUUGUCAAGGCUCUACCCCUGGACAGCCCUCUGCAGCUGCUCUACGCGCAGGAGUCCAGGACUUUCGAGAAAGAGGCGACUUUCUUCACGAAAAUUUCACCCCUCAUGACCAUCGACUCUACAGAACCCACCUGGUGCCCUAGGUGUUACCUCGUUAAGGAGAAUGCACUCAUCUUCGAGGACCUGGGUUUACUCGGGUUCAAGAUGAGGGAUAAACUCUUCGAUGAAGCUAUUGUUAAAUCAGGUCUGCGUGCCCUCGCGAGUCUGCACUCCUCAUCCCUGAUCGCAGAAGAGCGUAUGGGUAAGUCCUUCAAGGACAUCUUCCCCGAGGAGCUGUACGAGGUGGCGUUCGUGAGAUCUGAAAGAAGGAGAAAGUGGUUUCUAGCAGGUGUGGACCUGGCGAUCAGAGUCGCCGAGGAGAUGAGCCUGAAUCCCUCUCGCCUCCCCGAGACCUUCGACCGAAUUUUCGUGGCUAUGGAGUCAUCGAAAUCUAAAACAAACGUCAUCUCCCACGGUGACCUCUGGGGAAACAAUUUGAUGUUCAACGACGCAGAUCCCCCCGAGUGCAAGCUGGUGGACUUCCAGUUGUUUAGGUACUCACCAGUGGGUCACGACCUAGCGCAAUUCCUCUACCUGUGCGCCUCACGGGAGUUGAGGGACUCCAAGAAGGAGGAACUCCUCAAUUACUACUGGGAGCAGCUCCUGGAGAAGCUAGGAGACGUCGUCGUGACGAGGAAAAUUCCCACCCUCGAGGAGGUCCUCCAGGGGUACGAGGAGCAGAGAAUAGCCGCUUGUUGCACCGCUGCUCUCUAUUUUCCAACGGUUCUCCUCGAUGGAACCGUUGGGGCUGAGAUAAUGGAUCAGAACGAGAGCUACGAGCAGUUCUACUUCGAGGACAGGCGGGACAUCGUCCUCGGGAUCAUGAGGGAAAAUGUGAGUUAUGGGGAGAGGAUCCAGGAGACUGUCAGGGAACUCGUGGAAAUGUCUUUCAAGGUCGAGGAAUUUUCCGCUCCCUGUUGAUGAUUGAAUAAUCUCUUUUCUCGUGACUGUCUCUCGUUUUGAUUGCUUUGUGAAUUAAUUCGAGAAUUUUCAUCGUUUGUUUCAAACGAAUGUUUUUUUACUCCUA